AUGAAUGAUCGUCUAACUGCUCCAAUCUCGGCUGAUGAGAUCAGAAGAGCCGCGUUCAGUGUCAAGGGGAGCAGCGCUCCUGGAGAGGACGGUCUUACUGGAGUUUUCUACCAAAAAUUCUGGCAUAUUGUUGGGCCUCAACUCACUGCAGAGAUCAGUCAGUUCUUCAAUACAGCAGUCAUGCCUGAUGGUUGGAACCACACACAGUUGAGUCUGCUCCCGAAGAUCAAUAAACCUACAAAAAUGCAAGAUCUUCGCCCUAUCAGCUUGUGUUCAGUUCAGUAUAAAAUCAUCUCAAAGGUUUUAUGCAACAGGCUGAAAGUGGUUCUCCCGUCCAUUAUAUCUGAAACGCAAGGUGCGUUUGUAGCGGGAAGACUUAUCUCUGAUAAUAUCCUCAUUGCUCAUGAGAUGGUUCAUGGGCUUCGUACUAACCCCAAAGUAUCAGAGGAAUGUAUGGCCAUUAAAACGGACAUGUCAAAGGCUUAUGAUAGGGUAGAAUGGAACUUCCUUGAGGUUCUAAUGGAGAAAAUGGGAUUUGACAGAAUCUGGAUACGAUGGAUUAUGGUGUGCGUCAGUUCUGUCUCUUUCUCUGUUCUACUAAAUGGGACUUCUCACGGGUUCAUUCGUCCUGAACGAGGUAUUCGCCAGGGUGAUCCUCUCUCGCCGUUCCUAUUCAUACUCUGCGAAGAAGCCUUGGUUUCUUGUCUCAACACAGCUGAAUCAGAAGGUCGAAUUACGAGCAUUAAGUUGUCAGCUUCAGGUCCAUCAGUCCAUCAUCUAUUAUUUGCUGAUGACAGCCUUCUUCUCUGCAAUGCGAGUACAUGUGAAGCCUCAGAGAUUAUCUCUUGCUUAAAAGAGUAUGGUCAAGCUUCUGGUCAGAUGAUCAAUCUCCAAAAGUCUUCAAUCAUAUUUGGCUCUAAGGUAGCAGAGAGUGUGAAGAUGAAUAUUAAAGAAGUCCUUGGUAUUGAGCAGGAAGGUGGAGAUGGGUAUUAUCUUGGUUUACCGGAAUGUUUCAGUGGUUCUAAGAUUAAAUUGCUGAGUUUCAUCAAAGAGAAACUCCAGGGGAGAUUACAAGGAUGGUUUGCGAAAUCUCUCUCUCAAGGAGGUAAGGAAAUCUUAAUAAAAUCAGUGGCGCUUGCCUUGCCUAUCUAUGCCAUGUCUUGUUUCAAACUUCCUAAGGACGUAUGUGCAAAGAUAACAAGUGUAAUGACGGAAUUCUGGUGGAGCUCAGGCAAUAAUAAGAAAAAGAUAUCUUGGGUGGCUUGGAAAAAGCUCUGCAAGGACAAAGAGCUGGGUGGCAUGGGGUUUAGGGAGAUCGAAAAAUUCAACCAAUCUCUACUUGCUAAACAGGCAUGGAGGAUUUGGUCAAACCCCACAUCAUUGGUAGCUCGGAUACUGAGACAACGUUACUUUGCCAAAUCUUCCUUUAUGGAAUGUGGUGUUGGAACACGUCCUUCUUACGCUUGGAGAAGCAUACUCCAUGAAAGGGAGUUAUUGUCGCAGGGGCUACUGCAAAAGAUUGGUGAUGGCACUCACUCAAGAGUUUGGAUUGAUAACUGGCUCAUGGACGGCACUCCGAGACCUCCACGUUACCGUCAGGAUGCUAUCGUCGACCUUACUCUCACAGUUAGUGAUCUAUUGGACUCUCACCGAGGGAGCUGGGACAGACAGAAGGUCAGUGAAGUGAUCUAUGAGGAAGAUGUGGAUUUAGUGUUGAACAGUAGUUUCAACUUAUCUGCUCGUGACCAACUGAUAUGGGGUUUCUCUAAAAAUGGAUCCUACAAUUCGAAGUCUGGAUAUAAACUUGCAGAGACAAUAGAGAUCAGACGUCGUCGGGCUCUACUCUUCCCCCCAUUGAAAAGAGACUGUGGAAAGAUCUGUGGAAAAUGCAAACGACCUCCAAAAUUCGACACUUCAUGUGGAGAGCACUCUCAGGAACCAGAGACAAUAUGUCAUGUCUUGUUCCACUGUGAAGCUGCGAAAGAGGCUUGGAAGCUAGCUCAAAUCCCAUUACCUCCAGCUGGUUUUUCUGUGAAUUCAGUAUGGUUGAACUUCUAUCACCUGCUAUCAUCAGGUUCUUUGAUCUUCGCUAAAGCUUCAGAGGAAGCUUCUACUUGGAUGAAUUUCCGUAUUUUACCUCCACAGAGCUCCAUUAGGACGUCUUCAAACUGUCAACCUCAGGCUCUGUGGGUAAAGCCACCAGCGGGCACAUUAAAAUGCAAUGUAGCUUCGUCCUGGAUUAACCCAACGCGGAACUCUGGUGCAGCAUGGUUAGUAAGGAACUCAGAUGGAAUUCCUUUGUUCCAUAGCAGACGUGCCUUCUGUCCAACGACCUCACCCUUGGAAGCUGAACUUAAUUCGCUCUGGUGGGCAGUAGAAGCAAUGCAUGAUAUUCAUGUGAAGAGAGUAAUCGUUGAGGUGUCCUCUGAUAUGGUGAUGGAAGCUCUUUUUUCACCUUUGCUGUAUCCACACUUAUCACAAGGUAUAUCAAGAAUUCUCAGAUCGAUGAACUCCUUUGAUCAAAGCCUGGUGACAAAUGCGCCUAAAGAGGCCAAUUCUAUAGCUUUGCAAGUUGCAUCGAGCGUCACUAGAGACCAGAGAUUUCAAUCAUACAUGGCAAAUGGUGGUCCUAACUGGCUAUCAUCCUCCAUUACAGCCGAAGCUGUGAACGCUAGGUCCACCUCUACGAUUCUUUCUGGUCACUAG